UUUGCUGUGGUCCACUGUCCACUGUCCACUGUCCACUGUUUCCCUUGACACAGAAGGCACAAAAGACAAGGUGUGGUGUGUGUUGCUGGACGACGCGUCAGUGUGCACUGUGUGCACUGUCUUGGGUAUGAAGACCCUUUUAAUAUUCCUUUGGCUAUUGGCUGUGUCUGUCAAAGGCAAACCUCACGACAAACAUCAAGCUUUAUCCAAGUCCUCACACAUGGCUAAAGAGAAGGACAUAGUUCCAGAUGAGGUCAAUGAGGGGGAGGUCCUGCCGACCUUCAUGACCUUUGAGUCUAGCAGUCAGGAGCAGGAGGACGAGGACAUGAGCUACGAGGACAAUGCUAAUGCUAAUGUGGGUCCCUCCAAUGAGGGAGGGGGGUUUGAGGUGUCCGACAGUGGUGAGAGGAGCACCCCCGUCCUGCUGAGCGAUAAGGCACUGGUGGACCUCCUCCAGGGGGAGUCAGAGGAAGAAGAGGUGGAAGAGGAGGAGGAGGAGGAAGAAGAGGAGGAGGGAAAAUUCGAGUCUGAGGAGACACAGUCUGAAGAGGAGGAGGAGGAGGAGGAGGAGGGAGAAGAAGAGGUGGGAGACUUGGAAAAGGAGGAGGAAUAUGAGGAGGUGGUAAAGGUGGAGAAGGAGGUGGAUGUGGAGGCAGAGAAAGAGGCGGAAAUGGUGAAGGCGAUGGCGGAUGAGGAGGAGUCAGUUGAGGAUGAGGAGAAGAGAGAGAAAGAGGACGAGGAGGAACAUGUGGUCAGGGACAGAGGAGUAGAAGAAGAGGCUCAAGUCGAAGAGACGGACAGCAACACCGAGCCUGAGAUUCCAGAGGAUCUGGACUAUGCCAGCGACAGCGACAGCGACAACACAGAGCCUCUUGAAACCGAGCUUGAGGAAGGGAAACCCCUCGCCGAAGACGCCCAGCUCCUUUCAAAUACGAAAGAGGAGGCCAAGGUGGAGGAGAAAGAAGAACAAGCUAGCAAGGAAGACGAAAUCCCCACUGCCACUGAUGACUAUGAGUCCCAGCACGACAUACAAGACGCCGAGGCCUCUGAGAGCCAGGAAGUGCUCGGCCAGUACAAGGACGAUUCCCAAGAAAAGGGGACCAAUAAAAAAGACGCAGACACAGACACUGAACUCCAAGAGACAAAGAACAGUGUGGAUCUUGAUGGGACACAUCUUUCUGUAGAAGGGGGAGAAGAGAAGGAGGAGAAGAACAUCGACAAGAGUGCCAGUCACACUAGAGGCAAAGCCAGGAAGCAGAGGAAGAACCAGAGUGUGAGGAAGCACCCCCCACAGAGGGAUGAGGCCCCGCCAGGAGAGGAAGUCCCAGACCACCAGGGGGAUGAGGCCCCGCCAGGAGAGGGAGUCCCAGACCCCCAGGGGGAUGAGGCCCCGCCAGGAGAGGGAGUCCCAGACCACCAGGGGGAUGAGGCCCCACCAGGAGAGGGAGUCCCAGACCACCAGGGGGAUGAGGGCGUGAAGGAGCACCACCGCACCACCGACAGUGCUGUCUACAAACCCAAGAGGAGAAGAGCAGGGAAAUGGGCUCCUCUGGUGGGAAUGAACCCGGUCCAGAUCAGGGCGACAGUGGACCUCUACCCCAGCGCCAGGCCCUCUUUGGCGGCCAGCCUAUACAGACCCCAAGCCUCCGCUGCCGACCCUUGUGAGAACUUCCGUUGUAAACGUGGAAAGACCUGUAAACUCAACAAGGAGAAGAACCCUAUGUGUGUGUGUCAGGAGCCUUCUGCCUGCCCACAGAGUGUCACUGACUAUGAUCAUGUAUGUGGAACUGACAAUGUCACCUACGACACAUCCUGUGAGCUCUUUGCCACUAAGUGCAACCUGGAAGGCACCAAGAGAGGCCAUAGACUUCACCUGGACUACACUGGACCCUGCAAAUUCAUAGCGCCGUGUAUGGAUGCCGAACUGGUCCAGUUUCCUCUGCGUAUGCGCGACUGGUUGAAGAACGUCUUGCUGCAUCUCUAYGARCACGACUCCAUGUCCCCUGGCUUSCUCAUCCCCAAGCAACGCAUCAGAGUGAGAAAGAUCCACGAGAGUGAGAGGCGCCUCCAUGCCGGCGACCACCCCAUUGAGUUGCUGGCCCAGGACUUUGAGAAGAACUACAACAUGUACAUCUAUCCCGUGCACUGGCAGUUUGCUCAGAUGGACCAGCACCCUUCUGACAGGUUCCUGUCCCACUCUGAGCUGGCCCCCCUGAGGGUCCCGUUAGUCCCCAUGGAGCAUUGUACCUCCCGCUUCUUCCAGGAGUGUGACGCAGACAAAGACAAACAGGUGUCCUUCAGGGAGUGGACCCAUUGCUUCGGCAUCAAGGAUGAGGACAUGGAUGUCAACCUGCUCUUCUGAGUCCACUCAGUACCUCAUCAAGCAACCAGCUUAAAUAAGCAUUGAGCAAGAUAACCUUCAAUCAUGGCAGAACCACAUACCUUAAUUGGAGAGUCACUUGUUGUGUUGAUUUCAACUGUAUGUUUUUAGGAUGUUCUGUAAAGUUAGCCUGGUGGAACCAGCCUGAUCGCUGUGUUCACCAUUAUAUUUAACGUCACGUAUCAGUCUGAAACUUAUUGAAACUGUUUGAAACUGUUUGAGUCUACGUCUGUAAUGAGAGACAUUAUUCAAAAUUAACUUGUCAGUGAUGAGAUCACCUUUAACCAAUCAGAGGACGACCUAAUUCAAAGCACAGGAUUUUGGGGUUGGGUUUUCUGAGAGGACGCUGAUUUGACCAGUCAUUUCUUGGUUUGUCCAAAACUCCCAUCUAUUGGAGAAAGCCCAGAUUUAUAUGUGCAGUAAAACAAAAUGGCGAACACAGUAAUCAGGCCGGUUCCACCAUGCUACUGCAAAGUACGAUUGACUAAAAAGUAAAMGUGAGGAUGGACCACUGUCCUUCCAUGUCUUAUGUCAUAGACGGAAGAGGAGGAUAGUUCAUGUUGUCUUAUUACAGUGUAGCUAUUACAGUGAAAUAAUGCCAUGCUAUUGUUUGAGGAGAGUGCAGAGUUAUGAACUUGAAAAUGUAUCA